AUGGCCGAGUGGUUGUGGGAGGGCCUCUGUUGGUUUGCGGGGGGGUCUUCCUGGGUCUUCCUGGGUCUGUCUCGGUGUUGGACUUCUCUUCUCUUCUCUCCUCUCCUCUCCUAUCCAGCAGCGCGCCACACCCUUAUGUGGGCAAGUAGUCAGACGACAGUGGCCACCAGGUCUCUGUCGACCCUCGAGCCCUCCUCCCCUGGGGCGAUCCUGCUCAUCUCCUCGGUCUGCGGAACGCCCUACUGGCCGAAGCCCUUCCUGAUCGAGGGGUUGGAACCGAGUUACGUGCGUAGGCCGUUAGACAAGCUGGAGAAAGGCGGAGGUGGGAGCCAAAAGCAGGAAAGGAGGAAAAGUUCGGAGGAGGUGGGAUGUCUGGGGUAG